UUUACGCUUAAGCUUAAACUCUCUACGGGAGGGCAUCUGAAACGUGCCUGUUUGUACGUUCAGAAUCCUAAGUUGCUCUUUAAAAGGCAGGGUCCCCAUACCAACUCGGUAUAUUUUCAGUCUGGAGUAAGUUGGUGGACGCGCGCAAAGAUGCAACUUUAUGCAGCCUUAUUGAUCUGUUGCAGCAUUCCUUUAAGUUUUUGCCUUUCUCCUACUUCAAACAGACAAACGGAUAAGUGUCAAGAGUACUUGACUUAUGAGGAUUGUCUGAAGGAAGCUUAUGAGGCGGGCGCUACAUGCCGGAUGUCGAAUGAAUCUCAUCUCAAGGCUGAGAUCAAUGAUGUUUGCGAUGGACACCAAGAAAAACUGAAACGUCUAUGUUCCAUUCAUUGCGCGAAAGUGUGCAGAGAUCAGUACUGUCCCAACGGAGGCAAGUGUGUUGGACUCGGUUCAGCUGGGUGCCAGUGCCCCGCAGGUUACAGUGGAGCUUUCUGUCAGAAAAGUAAAUGCGCAAGCAAGCCAUGUAAAAAUGGUGGUACGUGUAUUGGCGAAAACCUUUGUAACUGCCCACCUAAAUACUCUGGCCCUCAAUGCACAUUGAGAGAAAGACUGGGAACUAAAGAAAAUCCAGCACCAAACGCUCAAGCAAUUCUAGACGCCGGUGAUAGUCAGGGAAGCGGAAUGUACUGGAUUCAGCCUCCUGGUGAGACAGCCCCAGCUCAAACUUACUGUGACAUGACUUUCGCUGGUGGUGCAUGGAUGUUAGCUGGUUACGGUUACGUUUACUCAACGUCAAUAAAUGCCAACAAUAAGGCCAUACCCAAUAUGAAUAACCCUUAUGGUUACGCCUGGCUUCCCACACAACGCAAAUCCGAAAAUGGUCUGAUCAAUCUGCCCCAUGGCGCUGUAAAAAUGGCCAAUAAUGCUCGUUCUAUGAUCAUGGCUGCGGGUAACAACCCAGCCACAGGCGGUAUUGAUCAAUACUCAUAUGUCUACCGCAUCAACAUUUCCGAUAAUCCUUACACCAUAACCUUUGCAAAUCAUAACCGCUAUAAUGGCGGACAGCCGGGUCGUAUGCAUGUCCAAGAUUUCAUUGUUGAAGCGUUGAAAGGAGAAAGUGGAAAGUAUGUCAGACAUGCUUUAGGGGAAGCCUUAGGGGUGACAUGGUCCGACUCAUAUCCCACCGGUUAUGGGUUUAACGACAAAACGCAACGUUAUUCAUGCUAUGACAAGGGUCCCUUUUUCCCAAGUGUCCACUCGGGCUCGGGACGUAGUUCAUGUGGUGGAUGCACCCCAACUAAUUACGAGCCUGACGUGAAGGGAGGUUCCCCUCACUACACACAUCGUGGCUGGUACACAGCUACAGGUUUUGGUAAAACAGGGCAAACCUCUGUUUGGUUUAAGUAAAAGAUUAGCACAUGGUGCAUAGAGCACAUCAGAGCAUAAAGUUCAAUUUGAAUAAAUUGAUGGCCUUGUUUUCCAUAGCUCACAUAGCUCGGCUACAGCGUUAGUUUCAAACAUUUGUUUAGUAAAGUACUGCAACUAUACAGGUAUUAAAACCUUUUAAACUUUCA